AGCUGUGCCUUUAAAGCACAAACACACUCCCUACAGGACUGUAGCAUGAUGUCAUACACUCUCCAUGUGAGGAGCUGCAACUCACUUCCUGGAGAGAGAGAGAGAGAGAGAGAAGUUAAAGUGAAGCGAAAACUUUAAAGCAGGGAUUGGGACACAGGAAUGCAAAUAAAGCUGAAUUGAAUUGGAGAGAGAGCGAGAGAGAGAGAGAGAGAGAUGGGGAGAGCAUGAGCGUGCGGGACAGCGCGCGUGCACACCGAGUGAAGUGAAGUGAAGCGAAGUGAAGUGCAUGUGCUCACCGCCGUUCUUCUUCUUCUCCUCCUCCUUUCCGUUUUCUUUUUUUCUUUCUCUCCCUUUUUUCUUUUUUUUGCGUAAAGUUCGGUCUCGCGGAGCCGCAGUGACGCAAUCAGCAUUUCAGUGCGCGCCGUUUCUGGCUUCUCCUGCGCGUGACGCAUGAUGGGUGCCAUGUUUAAUUUCCUACUUCACUGAUUUAUAUGCUGCAUUGAUUACACACAAACCCUUUCCCUUUUCAUCGCUGAUGCACUGGAACCCAGCUGCAGAGAGACAGACAGACAGACAGACAGAGAGAGAGAGUGAGACAGAGAGAGAGAGAGAGAGAGAGUGUCAGUGUUGCACGGAGUUCGAGAGCGUCCAAGGUUUUCCACUGUGACUGAAGAGUGAACUUGGCAGAUGAGCCGCUGUGUGUGUGUGUGAACGCGGGCCGCCAUGUCGCAGCUGCUGCACAUGGAGAUCCCGAACUUCGGCAGCGCCGUGCUGGUGUCUCUGAACGAGCAACGCCUGCAGGGCCUGUACUGCGACGUGUCCAUCGUGGUGAAGGGGCAGGCGUUUAAGGCGCACCGUGCCGUCCUCGCUGCCAGCAGCCUCUACUUCCGUGACCUGUUCAGCGGCAGCGCCAAAUCGGAAUUCGAGCUGCCUUCUUCAGUCACUCCGGCCUGCUUCCAGCAAAUCCUGUCCUUCUGUUACACGGGGAAGCUGACGAUGGCGGCCAGCGAGCAGCUCGUGGUCAUGUACACGGCCGGGUACCUGCAGAUCCAGCACAUCGUCGAGAGGGGCAUGGAGCUCAUGUUCAAGGCUAACUCGCCUCACUGUGACUCGGCCACCGCUGCCACAGACGAGCCCGGCUCGGAGCCUCAGAGCCCCAGCAACAACAACAACAACAACGCAAACACAAACCACACCGUCGCCGCGGCAGCAGCGGUCAUGUUGGCUCCUCCCAGCUGGUCACCUUCACUCCGCAGAGUGAAAACAGAGAGCAAUGAGACGCCACUCAGCCUCCUGGGAGGAGCCAAGAGGAAUUCUGGGGUGCGAGGAAACUCGAUCUUCUACCCCGGCAUGCCCCCGUAUCCCACCAUGCCCGGGGAGCGCUCCAGCCCAGGGGCGUCCAGCCUGCCCACGACGGACAGCCCCACCUCUUAUCAGAACGAGGACGAGGAGUUUGACGAGGAGAACUACGACGGGAUCAGCGAGGACGCUUUCGCACAGCUGUACGGCCGCACGACACAUCCUUACGCAAUGACGGAUAAACCCGAGAUGGUUCCUGUGCCUCUGGAGAGUCGUCCCUGUGUCCUGCUACGUCGUGAUUUGGUGGCUCUGCCCGCAAGCCUUAUUAGCCAAAUCGGCUACCGCUGCCACCCCAAACUCUACACGGAGGGCGACCCGGGGGAAAAACUCGAACUCGUUGCCGGUUCGGGAGUGUUCAUGACCAGAGGACAGCUGAUGAACUGCCACUUGUGUGCUGGGAUUAAACACAAGGUCUUGUUGAGGCGACUGCUUGCGACUUUCUUCGACAGAAACACUCUGGCGAACAGCUGUGGGACUGGAAUCCGUUCCUCGACCAGUGACCCGAGCAGAAAGCCUCUGGAUAGUCGCGUUCUAAAUGCCGUCAAACUCUACUGUCAAAAUUUUGCACCCAACUUCAAAGAGAGUGAGAUGAACGUGAUCGCCGCCGACAUGUGCACCAACGCGCGCCGUGUCAGGAAAAGAUGGCUCCCCAAGAUCAAGUCCAUGCUGCCUGAAGGCAUCGACAUGUACCGUGGCUCAGGGGCAGGGCUUAACCUGGGUGUUCCGUUGACCUUUGACCCAGACUGCAAGCAGCUGCCGCUGUUCGGAGAGCGUAAGGAUGCUGUAAGAACUCAGCAGCCGCUGGAUAACGAGAGUCCGGAGCUCAUCGAGGGCCAGGCGGAGGAGGAAGAGGAGGAGGAGGAGGAAGGAGCCAUUGCCGAGGGAGUGGAGGAGACUUUAGGGGCGAAUUCUCUUCUUCUAGGGGUCGAGGGUGGAGUUCAGGGUCGUCUGGCACAUGAUGGACAGCAGGAGGAGGAGUUUGGGGAGGGUCUGAGGAUAAACGAGCAGUGAAAAGCUGCUGGUGUUUGAACAGGAACGUGUGGCUGGAGAAGCCGGGCUGUGUUUCAGUACUGCUUUUAGUGCGCCCUUAUCAACUUCCCCUAGACUGAAUGUAGUGCAGGUGUUCAGAUACGUUAUCGCCUUAAGUGAAGUUCAUUAGAUGAUGAUGUGAAUGUAAUUGAAGUUUUAUAAAUGGCAAAAAAGAGUAGAAGGAAAAAGACGCAAGACUGACAGGCAGAGAGGCCACACCUCCUUAUCUACGCACGCCUCCUUUACUGAGACUGAUGUAUACAAAGGCCACGCCUCCUUUACUGAGACUGACAAUGGCGGUAAAAGAGGCGUGGCCUCUCGCUUUUCUUUUUAUACCAAGGUGCAGCUUUGGAAAAUGUGCUCCUCCGUACACACUCCAGGUGUGACUUUUUUCCAAGUGAAUCAGGACGAAUUAAAAACAGUACUGAAACACGGAACAUAUCAGAAGUGAACCACGCCCAUGUGCAGCAGUGCAUGCUGGGUAGAGUGAGCUAACAGGACAAACACAGGCAUUGCUUAUGUAAGUUGAAAAAGAUUUGCACUCGUGCUGAGAUGAACUCAUGCACUUCUUUAACCAUCAGAUUUUUUAGCCAAAAGUGCAAUGGAAGACGUCUGUAAGCGUCUCAUGAGGCCAUAUGAGACCUGAAAGGACCUCCGUGACCUUCCUCUGGAGAGAUUUCUUUUUGCGAUACACUGAAUGUUCUGUACUUUCCAGGAAAACGAAACCUCCCAAGAAAAUGAAAUUACAUUACUCUAUUGUCCAUCGGGAAAACACUGUGCAUGCGAACGGCUGCGGCGAUUGAAAGCUCGAGCUCGUUUAGGAUCUCGGUCCAAGAUCCCAAAAUAACAUUUUAAAGGAAUACUCUGGAAUAUUUUCAUCUGAUCUCGAUCCACUGCAUCAGUAGUUUAUUCUCUAUACAAGAACGUAUUCACGUUCCCUUGAACAUGAGAAGAGAACGGGACUUUUUUUUUUUACAUGUAAUUAAAACUAGAUAGAGACAGUGACAAAAGCCACAGUGAUUUGUGCUAGCUGUUACAAACCGGGACCUCUGGUCACCGUACCCUAUAGAUCUGGAAUGGUAAGAGAUGGAGAAUGACACUUAGUGAGGGAAAGUUGCAUCCUGACACCCUGAACAAGAUAAAAUAAAAAAAACUGAUUGAAAAAAAACAUGAAAAUUGACAGAGUUGUAAGUGAUUGAAAUAAAUCCUGUUUUUCAUGGAUCAUUCCAGAUCAGUGAUCCAGAUCAGCACCAAAAGUCAUAGCAACGUAAUUCAGCCCAGAGGGAUUCUUCAUGUGAAAUUUGGUGAUGAUUGGUUGAAAACUGAGGGAGAAAUAGCGUCCUUGAAAAUGUUAGGAGAAUAAUAAUAAUAAGAAUACUAAAGGAGGAAGAUCCUGAAUGAGAGUAACAGUUUGCGCCAGCGGUGCUAGCAGAAAUUAAUUUACUUACAGUAGAAGUCUAUAGGGGCGUGCACACAGGCAGGCAACAGCGGCGAUGUGGCAGCCAGAGCUCGGUGAAAUUUAGCGACAGGUGAAAUAACUGUUCACGGCGUGAAGUGGGCGGGUCCUGAGUUAAACUAAUCCUGCGAUUGAGGUGACUACCAACAGGAGCGAAGGAUACCGUUAACUGACAUGAUGCCAACACUGAGUUCCCCAAAACGUUUACCACAAGGAGGCACUAACAACGAGAGAACCGCAUGAUACGUGCACGUGCUAAAAAAUAUGUGACGAUAAAACGCAACUUCCGUAAAGUGUUCAGAUUAAACAGAUGUGAAAGAAAAUCAACUUUACUUCAUAUUGGUUACUUUCCAACACUGGAGCAAUGCAGUAAGAAAGUCCUAUUGUUCCAGUGACUUUACUUCCUGGUAUCCUGACACCAUCAGGAAAAGUAGUUCCAUGGAUUUAUGAUAGUUGAGCCGUUGCUAUGGUAACAUGGGAGACACAUGAGAACAUUCCUGCGUUUUCAGGCCAAACAGGAAUAAAAUUAAUCCGGCAAAACGGAAAAGAAAAGCCGAUUCACUGAAGGGGAAAGGACACGUAUUUGUGGUUACAUUCACUUUGGGUGUGACUUUAUUGACCAAUCAGAGCUCAGUCUUUUCAAUAAUAAAAGCGCAGAUUUUAUAAAAUAAGAGAUGUAAUUCACAAAGUUAAAUUUCGCCAAGACAUUUUAUCUUAGGGCCGACUUUAAUUUUUUUUAAAUUCUUUUUUAACGACUGAGGAAUUUGGACAAGUUUAACGAUUUCCUUUAAUCUCAUUAAUUAAAGCUCAACCAGCAGGAGUUUGUUUAUGCCCUUAUCAUGGAGCGUGAACUUCUGUUUUAUCUCUCAGCCUGCUGGAUUUUUUAUCGUUAGCAAUAUUAACACUUCUGUCCCAGUUUAUAAAUUUAGAAAAUGACCUGUUUCAUGUCCAGUGUGUAAGAGACUCCGCUGUCCACAGUUUGGGGUAAAGAGCUCUUCUGCUGUUUUCUUGCUGCUGAUUAAAUGCCGGUUGCUGGAUCGAUCAUGUGCACAAUGCAGAUGUGGUGUAUGGAGAUUUUCGACUCGAUGUCCAUUGGAGUAUUCCUUUAAAACCCAAAGCAAUGCCUGUGUUUGUUUAAAACAACCUCAGCUGUCAUUUACAAUAAUCCUGAAACAACAAAGAGCCUUUUUCACAAACACAGAUGGACUUGUGUAUGUACAGUCCAUACUGGAGCGUUUAAAGCCACGAUGCUUGCAUGCAAAACAAAAAUAAUACGAUUUUCAGAACCACAGCGUCGCAAGUUCAAUGCGGACACCUCGAAGAAAGUUUUUUUUAGUUUUGUUUUGUUUCCCUUCGGUAUCCGGAUGGUCUCCAUCGUGGCCCUGUUUAGAAAAACAAACGAACUACUUUUCACUGUGAGGGUCAGAAGAAAAAAAAAAGUUUCUUUGCUUGUGGUUCUCUACUGUAGAUUAUUUAAUAUGAGACUGGUAUCAUUUUUAUCGUUUUCUUGCUGGCUUUUUUUUUAGCAUUUGCACUUGAACUGAGGGAGGUGAUGGAGAAACUGAAGUGACUGAGUUCUUCACCCCUUUUGUUCUCCCUCGCAAUCGAUACAAAAAAAUUCGACGAAGAAAUUUCAGUGAAAUUUCAACACUACGAGCUCAGACACUUUUUUUCCUUUUUUUGGGGUUUAUUUUUUGGUUUUAAUUUCAUACUCACGAUGCAUAAUCUAUAGCAAAUCUCUCGCUGUGCGUUCUGCCUUUCCUGCUUGGUUUCCUGCAGAGUGUCUGAUUUUGCAAUACUUUUCUCCUGAAAGAGUGUGUGAGAUGAUCGUGCACACUUGACUCUUUGGAUUUUUCCCAGGACACAGGAAUGAAGAAAUCCAGAUUGUUGUUGUUGUUUUUCACAAACCAUCAUCAGAAAGAAGAGGAAGAGCGUUGUAUUGUUGUAGUUUGAAAGCCAGAAAUUGAAUCAAAAUUUUGUUUUCUCUCAGUCAGAAUCUUCAGGUUUGUUGAAUUUGCCUUUAGAGGAACAUUUUAACCAAAUAAAUAAAUAAAAAUCAAAUGCACACAGUUUCACCUCGAACCCGAAUGCUGGAGCUACGAGGCUAACAUAGCUAACAUGUACAAGUCAGUUCUGUCCAAAUUAUUUUUUUUUAAAUUAACUCAUGCUAUGAGCUUACAUUUAUCUUCAAGUUUUAAUUGAACUUUUUAACUGUCGGAGGCGGGGCUUACAUAAUGCUAUAAAAAUGUUCCUAGCCAGUUUGUUAGCAUGGUACGGACAGUACAAAUUGCACUUUGCUACUUUUUGACGUUGCAUUAGGAUUCGAUGACCAUCCCACAGUGAACUUCUCUCAGAUCACACUUGGUGUGUUUUGUUUUACCUGGAAUAUAUAUACCUGGUGAAAAUAUCCAAGGCUCUGAAAUUAAUUUGGAUGGUUUUAUAGGAGCCGUGUCACUCAUUAGCCUUUUGUACACCUACCUUCUCUCUUUGUCGCUCGUUUGUCUUUGAGAAAAAGAAGAAGUUGUUAAAUCUAAAACUCAAACUUAAGUGUUAUUUGGUUUGUCCAACAUGCGAACACUUAACAAGAGAGGAUUUACUCAAGCAGUCCAGGAACGAACAUCUACCUAUGUUAGCUGUUAGAUCCUGCAUUUAUUGUUUAAAAAAAAAAUUAAAGAGAUGUGGUCACAUGGUAAAAUUCUAAUGUAAAUCUAUUUUUUUAUUUCCUUUGCAUAUGCAUCAUCAUAAACUACUAAUCUUCCAUCAUUUAUAUUGCGUAAAAUCAAAGAAAGUCAAAGGCAGCAUGGUGAGGAGAUGUUUUGGCUCUUCACCAACCCCUAAUGGAAAGAGCUGUUAAUUUUUUUUAGAUGCAUUAAAGGUCCACAGGAGAGAAAGUGAACAAUGACGCUGAGGAAACUAUGAGCGAGCUACAGGGACCAUUCAGGACCGAAUCCGAUUUCCAGACACAUAUCUGUAAGAUAACGAUGUCUUUAUACUUUGGCAAUAAUGACAUCACAACACCCCCUCAAGAAAAACCAAUCCCAUCCAAAUAGGGCUUAAGCGUGUACACAGUGCACUCUGUGUCAUCCUGUGGAGAACAACAAACUGCAGUAGGACGAAAAGUCCGGAAUCACGUCCCGGUGUUCUGCUUCUCUGUGAAAGUUAGUUCGUAGUUGAUGUAUAGAUUAGAUAUGACAAGUCAUAUAGUGUCCCAAACCGGGUUUGAGGUGGAUAUUUACGCAGAAUAUUAGCCUCGCAGCUCCAGAGAGGAAACUUCAGACACCAGAAUGCCUCGGAUGAUCAACUGCAAUUGAGAUAAAAACAGAAAUUUGAUCGAAAUCCAUUUUCCGGUGGAUUAUUGUGUAGUAAAGAGGAAACUCUGUUUUUGUUGAACACAUAUUGACUCCUGAUGCUGUAGAUAAAUCUCUGUGUGGAUAGAUAGAUAGAUAGAUAGAUAGAUAGAUAGAUAGAUAGAUAGAUAGAUAGAUAGAUAGAUAGAUAGAUAGAUAGAUAGAUAGAUAGAUAGAUAGAUAGAUAGAUAGAUAGAUAGAUAUUGGAAGAGUAUCAGUGCCUUAAUAAGACGUUUUGGUGUAACAGACAAACACUUCUUCUGUUAAACCUCAGAAAGGUCGAGGAGAGACGUGUGAUGAUUUCAGAGCUAAAAUUCACCCACAGAAUCAAGAAAUUGGCCUUUUUUUCCUAUUUAUUUUUUAUCGUAGCGACUUAAACAUACCUGAGGAUUCUGACAAUAGCUGAUGUCUCUGGUGCAUGUUGAGCAAUGAUCCAAACAGCGGCGUUAUGUAUAGUGCAGACCUCCAGUUUGAGAGGUGGAAUCCUCUGUACGAUCAUGCAUUUAGCGUGCGUGAUGUAUGCAACCUGCUAGCAGAUCGGAGUAAAUGACGUACUGUAGCGCCGUAAAUGAUCCAUUUGUUGCUCUUGUAGGAAUCGUAUUUAAUCCUGCUUUUUUAUCAGUUGCACGACCCGUAAAGAGUUCUUUUUUUAUUUUAUUUUUUUUUAAAAAACAUCUGCACCUGCAAUAUCCCAAAAUUUAUCUUUCAUUUGUUUUUCUCUGAAUCGAUGUAAACUAUUGCACUAGAUGCUGAGAGGAACUCAGAAGAAUGUUUAUCGCUAAACCGAACGGUGGGAAAGCGCUGUUUGUGGUAGCAUAACGCUGUCCGAUGUGGAGUGACAGGAUAAUUUAUGUGUCUGUACGUAUUUCUUUUUUACAUUGUAGAUGCUACUUCUGUCAUUAAGACUUCACAGUCUCUAAAUUUUGGCACUAACGACUGAUUACUUUUGCACAAACUGCAAAAGAAGGGUAGGCUCCCCCCCCCCCCCCCCCCCAAAAAAAAAGUGUGUGAGAGAUUUGUUUUUGUUUUAUUUGGAGUUUUUGUGUACUUGUAUUCCUUCAUAUGUUUGAACAUAGCCAUGAAUCAUGACUAUCAAGAGCCAUGAAUCGACUCUUUUGGAUCUCAAACAACUCACUAUGUCUGGUUUAGAACAAAAUAGCAAGGAGUCGAUUCAUAUAUCGAGUCUUGGGAGUCGACUCUUGGGUGACUCGUGAAUCAUUAGUCUACUUCAGUGAUGGGAAUUCCUAAUGUUUUCAGCAAGUCAGAUAAUUUGACUCAACUGACCAUUAUGAGUCGACUCUUUUGGCUGUCAAUCAACUCACUAAUAUUAUGUCCAAUGUCCAACAAAAUGGCAAGGAGCCUUUUGGGAGUCGACUCUUAUAGAUGACUUAUAAAUCAUUAGUGUGCUUCAGUGAUAGAAAGCAAAAGGCAAGACACUGUUUGGGAGGCGUAAGGGUUGACUCCUGUUAAUGAAUCAUGAAUCAUCUGUAUGCUGUCAUGAUGGGAAUUCCAGCUCUGUUAAAUGAGUCAGAUCAUUGAUUCAGUUCACCAAUAAGAUGCAACUCUUUCAGUUCCUGAACACCUCAUUCAUAUUUUGUCUGGUUGAGAACAAAAGAGGAAGGAGCCCACUGGGAGCUGAAAGAGUUGACUCUUAUGGUGAAUAAUCUGUGUGAUUGGAAUGGCUGCUCUUUUCAGUGAAUCAGAUCAUUUGACUCAUCAAAAAGAGUUGACUUCUAGCUCAAAAAAGAAAAAAAACUCAUUGAUAUUACACCCUGUUUAGAACAAAAUGACAUCCAUUUGGGAGUCAUCUCUAGUAUCUGAAUUAUGAAUCAUUGGUGUGCUUUAGUGAAGCGAAUUCCUGAUCUUUCCAGUUUGUCCGAUCAUUUAACCCAUUUGAUUCAGUAAUAUUUUGUUCUAAACUGGACAUAGUUUGCAAUAUUGUGACUUUUUUUUUAAAUAAAUGAUGACGUCAGGGAUGCAAGUCACCUGUUUGUUUUCGUUCCAUUUAAAUCAUAAACGUGGCCACAGAGGACACCCACGUGCAGUGUUUAGACAGACAAAGCAACGCAAGAUUUAUUUGGUUUAAGUUGCUUCCUGAAGAUGAAUGAAUUCAGCUCUGAUGUUGAACACAGCUUUCUGAACAUUUUUUUUUAUUCAGUUACACUGUCAGAUUAUUAGAACUGCCAACAUCUACAAAAGAGAAGAUGUUGAGAAGAAAGACUUGUAUGUGAGACAGCUCUCAAUGUUCAUUUAAACGAUUCAGUUCAAAGAGUCGACUCAUUCACAAAUGACACAUCACUCAAAAAAAAAGGCCAAACAAUGAGUUUUAAAGCCUGAUUAUAAACAUUUCUGCUUUUUGUGUUUUAUAUUUGAAUGAUGCUGUAGGUAGUGAAUCGUUUCUAACUCACAAAGAUGCUGCUGUUUAAUUUUUAAUCAGCAGGUGCUUCUUAAUAAAAAUGGAUUUUUAAAGAAAUUGUUUUCUGAUGAGGGUCAGAGCACAUUUUCAAAACAAGACUCACACAUUUGAGCAUCUUGGGGUAUAAAACUAAUUAUGCACAUCUGGACCAUGGUUUUUUUUUUUUUAAGAAUAUUCUCAACCUGUUUGUUGAUCUGAAUUAUGAUGACACAUUAGAUUUCUGUGAUAAUAAAAUCUGCAGUAGUUCAAUAACAAAUAACGAUAGCAAGAAUCUUCCAGAACACUGGAUCUGUUUAAAUGUGCUGAGAUUUUUAAAACAGUUUUGUAUCGUUGUAAAAAUUGGGAUUUUUUUUCUCAUAUUUAAGCAAUAUUCAAACAUUUAGCAGAUUUGUGAAAACCCAAACUUUUUUUUUUUAUUUGGCUUUAAUUCAUGGAUGACCUUUGACCCUUGAAACAAUAUGAGGACUGAAUUGUGUGUGUGUGUGUGUGUGUGUGUGUGUGAGUGAGUGAGUCUUUGUUCAUAGAAAAAUAAUGAAUGCCAGCACUUUACCAUUUGGUGUGAAAGUCGGCGAAUGUAGGCCAUGUUUGUCUUUAAAAAAAGAAAAAGCCAUGUGCUCAAAGCGCAGACAAUCAGAGAACGAAUGUGCACUAAUUUUUACAUUUUGUUAGCAUGUAGCUAAAGUUCUGUAAACCUUUCACAGCUUUGCUUCAGCUUUUUACAGGUAAUAUCUCUCUUUCUCUCUCUCUCGCUCGUUUUUCUCUCUCGUUUUUGACGAUCUCUACUCAGAGGUCCAUCUGGUCCCAGGACGCAGAACAGCCGGAGUUUUACUGUACACUGACGACUGAGACUCUUCAAACAGCCAAGUUUUCCUUUAAUAUGGCAAUAUCACAGGACUGAGACAAAGAAACAUGGAAACUUUAUUUCGGAAACAAGAAACCGUUGUUUACGCUUUUUAAUGACUCUGAUUUCAUGAGAAAUUUCCCUUUGAAUUCGAAUCCUUGAUCAGAACUGCUUUUUGACUCGAGUGUCAUUCAACUCACUGAUUCAUUUACAAAUGCAAUUCAAAAAUGUUUGCUUUCUUAUAAAAUUCGUUAUUUCACCAAA